UUCAACAUGGCGGCGCAGGAUGAAGACAUGGAAAAGCCCAAAGACAUCAAGUUUGAUGGUGUGGUAGUGGACAUCUGUUUCCAUCCCAUCAAGGAUGUGAUUGCAGCUGGAGAUAUAGAUGGAGAAGUUUCACUACACUCCUACUCCAGUACAGGAAAAAAUAACACACUGAUGACAUUUAAAAACCAUAAGAAGUCGUGUCGAGCGCUGAGGUUUUCUGCCAAUGGUGAAGAGUUGUAUACAGCAUCAAAGGACAAGUCCAUACACAUCGUUGAUAUGAAUAAUGGGGCACUAAAGCGCAAGAUAAAAAAGGCUCAUGAGUCACCUAUAUACAGUAUGCUUGUGACAGGAGAAAACUUCCUUGCGACGGGAGACGAUGAUGGUAACUUAAAGGUAUGGGACUUAAGAACUAACAGUGCUGAAAUGGAAGUAAAGCAUAACGAGGAAUUCAUCAGCGACAUGGUGAUAGAUGAUCAACAUAAAGUCCUCAUCGCAACCAGUGGAGAUGGAACGCUAACAGCCUUCAACAUUCGGAGAAAGAGGAUGGACAUACAGUCGGAACUAUUUGACUCAGAACUUUUGUCUUUGACUCGUCUCAAGGAAAAGGGAAAGGUAGUAUGUGGAACUGGCGAGGGCGUUCUCAACAUUUUUAACUGGGGAGAAUGGGGAAACAUCAGUGACCGUUUUCCUGGCCAUCCUCUGUCUGUUGACUGUAUGGUGGCUGUCACUGAUAACAUCAUAUGUACAGGUUCCAGUGAUGGUAUUGUAAGGGCUGUGAAUAUUUUACCUAAUCGGUUGCUUGGUGUGGUAGGCGAUCAUGACGACUUUCCCGUGGAGAACCUUAGUUUAUCCCGCGAUGGUAACCUGCUGGCUAGUUGUUCCCAUGACCAAACCAUUAAGUUCUGGAACACGAGUGACUUCAAGGAGCUUUCUGUCAAUACAAAGAAAAGAGCUAAGAAAGCAAGCACACACAAAAAGCUUAGUUCCACAGCCAAAAAUGACUUUUUUGCUGGUCUUGCAGAGGAUAAUGCAGACGAUAAAAAAGAGGAAAAUGAUGAUGAAAGUGAGGGAAGUGACAGUGAUGAUGAUGAUGAUGAUGAUGAUGAUGAUGAGAGUGAUGAUGAGGAUUAAAAAGAACAUUAAAUGCAAAUAAAAACUUUGCCUACUGUGUUA